UGUGUUGUGAGCAUGCCAAUUAAAUAUUGAAUUAUUCAUGUUCCUGUGCCGGGGCAGGGUUUUUUUGCUAGCCCGAUUGCUACCUACCGUUUUAUCCCAAAUUUUCGUCUAUUUAACCUAAAAAAGUAUAACCAAGCUAUAAUACGACCACACCAGGACGAGGGAAAUGUUUAAAUGGGCCAUUUAAAGAAUUGUUAUCGUAUUUAGGCAAUAUUUAGCGAUUGACAAUUUCCGAAUUCUCCGGCCCUGGUAUUGGGAACGCGUCAGACAGACAAGAGAACGACUGGCUGAGUCUGCGGAUACGAACGAAGAGGGGACGUGUUUUUGGGCCUAAAACGGUUUCCCAAUUUCUGUCAAAAUUGUAAACCGCGCCAAUAGCUCAUGCAAUCGGUCAAGAAAUCCUGUGCAAGCUGAAGAACAGAAGACACCCCAGUUCCCGUAACAACCACUCCAUUGUCUUCCACGUCCCCAUCCGCUGCCAAGCUGAAUCCCUACACCAGAGCCCGCAUGACCGAGGCAUGGCAGCAACAUGCUGUGGCGCCUCCCCCGGUGGUCCACACCAUCCCCCCGGGGGCAGAGAACGCCUUGGGCUGCGCGGUGUACGGCAUCGUGCUCCAGCCGGACCCCCCCAGCCUGCAGCAGCAGCAGCCCCAGCAGCACCAUGGGGCCCAGCAGCACGGAGGAGGCCAGCACAGCCAGCAGCAGCACCCAGCACAGGCCCAGCAGCCCUCCCUGCAGGUAGGAGGAGAGGGAGGACACAAGUGUGGGGCCUGCGGCCACGACAUCUCCCACCUGGCGAACCCACACGAGCACCAGUGCAUGGUGAGCCAGGAUCGCUCCUUCCAGUGCACCCAGUGUAUGAAGAUCUUCCACCAGGCGACUGAUCUGCUGGAGCAUCAGUGCGUGCAGGUGGAGCAGAAGCCGUUUGUGUGCGGGGUGUGUAAGAUGGGCUUCUCCCUACUCACCUCGCUGGCGCAGCACCACACCUCGCACAACAGCAGCAACCCUAUGAAGUGUUCCAUCUGUGAGAAGACCUACCGGCCCGGUUCCUCGGGCAACGCCACGCCCACCUCCUCCGCCACCAAUCCCCAGCAGCCGUCCAGCGACGGCGCGUCGGCCAGCGGUAGCUCCUCCGUCACCUUCCCCUCGGCCCGCGACCGCCCCUAUAAGUGCUCCGUCUGCCAGAAGGGCUUCAAGCACCUGUCGGAGCUGGCCCGCCACGAGCGUGUGCACACGGGCGAGAAGCCCUUCAAGUGCGACACGUGCGACAAGAGCUUCAGCCAGUCGUCCCACCUGGCGCACCACCAGCGCACGCACAGCUCCGAGCGCCCGUACAAGUGCGCCGUGUGCGAGAAGAGCUUCAAGCACCGCUCCCACCUGGUCCGCCACAUGUACGCCCACUCCGGGGAGCACCUGUUCAAGUGCAACCUGUGCGAGCUGCACUUCAAGGAGUCGUCGGAGCUGCUGCACCACCCCUGCCACCCCCAGGGCGCCCGCCCCUUCCGCUGCGCCACCUGCGGCAAGGGCUUCAAGCGCCCGUCGGACCUGCGCCAGCACGAGCGCACGCACUCGGAGGAACGGCCGUUCCACUGCGAGGAGUGCCAGAUGAGCUUCAAGCAGCAGUACGCCCUGGUGCGCCACCGGCGCACCCACAAGAACCCCGCCGACCGGCCCUUCAAGUGCAACCUGUGCGACAAGGGCUUCCUGCAGCCCUCCCACCUGCUCUACCACCAGCACGUCCACGGCAUGGAGAACCUCUUCAAGUGCGCCUCCUGCCAGAAGGAGUUCAGCCAGUCGGGGGAGCUCCUGCGCCACAAGUGCGGCGAGUCGUCCUCCGGCUCCGGCUCGGCCGACAAGCCGUACAAGUGCGACGUGUGCGGGAAGGGCUACAAGAAGAGCUCCACCCUGCAGCGGCACCAGAACUCGCACUGCCAGGAGAAGCCGCUCAAGUGCUCCCUGUGCGACCGGCGCUUCCUGUCGUCGUCCGAGUUUGUGCAGCACCGCUGCGACCCGUCCCGCGAGAAGCCCCUCAAGUGUCCCGACUGUGAGAAGCGUUUCAAGUACACCUCCGAUCUGCAGAGGCACCGGCGCGUGCACACGGGCGAGAAGCCCUACAAGUGUGCCAGCUGCGAUAAGGGCUUCAAGCAGAGGGAGCACCUGGCAAAGCACCAGAGUGUGCAUUCGCGCGAGGCCCAGUUUAAGUGUGUGUGGUGCGGGGAGCGUUUCAGCGACCUGGGCUCUUUACAGGAGCACACUGUACAGCACACUGCUGAGGGAGGGGGCUACCCGGUCCCUCCAUGCAUCUAGGCUACUAACAACACCCCCAUACCCCCAACCCCACCCCCCACCCCUCGUUUCUUCCUUACAGUGCACAGAAAAGAAAUAACCCUGCUUGCAAACCUUCAGUUGCCCCCCUAACCCCACCCACCCCCCCAGCUUGACAGAGAACCUCCUAACACUGCAGGAUCUACCUUCUAUCUGAAAACUAACCCUCCCCCCCCCCCCCCACCUUACCCCAAGAAGAAACCCCUACAGGUUCUUUUUAAUCCUCCUUUGUUUCAUAUUAAAAGGGUCUUACAGCUUAGUCAUCGUGCUGCCAAGUCUAACUUCUACUUCUCUAAAGGACAGAAGAAUCACCCCAUCUUGAUUGAACGUGUUACUUACAAUUUUAUAGACUAGAGGAAUACUGGCUCCUCGACUAGGUCAACCUUGAUGUUUUCUCUCCCCUUGAACCAGCUCCCCCCCCCCCCCCACUCCUUCAAGAAAGAAGAGAAGAAGAAAUGUAAAUCACCACAUUAGCCUACAUUUCUGUCUAGUCAAGCCAAUUGUUUGUUUGUGUAAAUAAGUAACCUUUUUAGGUUUGUGAAGAGGAGGACCGCUCCCGCCCGCCGACCACCCUUCCUCUACACGGGCGUUGCGACCCGAGACGCGACCCCAAACUAGCUUUUUUUGUUUGUUGCCAACAGCGGUCGUUGUGGCUCUGGAGACCCCACCUAUGGAGAUUCUGCAUUGACUACCAAGAACUUGAAAAUAGUUUUAUACUGUAAGUUGGACGUCAGCAUCUAUAGUCUGCUGACGUCUCUCCUGCUUCUCAUGUUUGGAUUCCAGUAUGCUGUGCUAUGACUAACCCUCGAUGGAGUGGACGCGUGUCCAGGCUGGGUGGGGAGGAGGAUGGUGAUGGUGUUAGGGAGGGGGGGGGGGGUAGCCCUCCCAUCAUCAGCAUCUCCCCCGCACGCACUCCUCCAUCUCACCCACACACAGUCUUCAUCUUCUGUGCAGUUCCUAUUUCUAUGCUUUCUUUUGUAUCAAGUAUCAACCCCACGACGAGAAGCUCUGGGGUUCUUUUAAGUUUUUUUAUUUGUAAGAAAUAGCGGGAGGGCGGCCGGGGAUGGGGGCUAGUUUUUUUGUGCUUUUGUGAAAAAUAUACAAAAUAUUUGUGAGUGGAUGUAUGUGGGUGUAUAUGUGUGUGGCCAUGAUAGUGGCGACUCUAGUUUGUACCAAAACACCAUGACAAUGCCACAGCGAGCCCAGUUGAGGGGGAUCUAACCAGAAGAAGUUUUUAGUGACCCUAAUGGUUGACGCCUCACUGCUCCAGCUUCACAUCAUCAUAUAGAAAUAUAUAUAUAUUUCACACUAAUCUACAGCGCAUAUCCCAGCAAAGAUCAGUUUAGACUUUUAUCUGUGCUGAAAAAUUUCUGAGAACACCUGAUUUAAGCUUCUUCCUUCUGCGUGUAAAUAGUAUGUAAGUCGGUUUGCUUUCCCUUUCCGUUUAAACUGUUUUAUCUCUGUCGUCCAUCCUGCUUGUGAUGAGAUGUCGCAAGGUUCCAUGGAGAGAGUUCUCCUUCCACAGGUUAGCUUCGGACCCUCCUGCUCGACAGUUCCUCCACAGUUCCAUUUGGAAGAAAGACUUUUUGAGCCAUGUUUGAAGGACCACAGUGAGCUGGCUGAAAGUUGUGUUAGGGCAGGCCAUGGUUUUUUGUGUAGCUCCAUAUGAGUCAUUAGUGCAGUACAUGCAGGUGCUAGACCUCCCAAGUGAAGGCGUUUCCCAAAAAAGCUGCCUUUUUUGUUUUUGUCUAGACUUUUUGACUUGCAUGGUCUGCCAUAGAUUUUAUUGGGGGGGGGGGGGGGGGGCUGUUCACAUGGCUGUGUUUUGUUCUUCAGUGAUUGAAGCAUUUCAAGGGGAGGAUCUGUUGAGUGCAGUAUUGAGAAGUGUUCUACAACAAGAGGACAGGGUAGCUCGGAGUAUGUUUUCAUACAAGAAUGGGAUUCAGUCUGACGUCUGCUUGGCCUUUUAACUGGGGUCAGGGGACGCCGACGCCCCAAGCUGCUCCAGAGAUGUGUUGUCUGGCCUGCUGCUGGUAUUGUACCAUGUGUGCUGGACCAUGUGUGUUCCUGGUAUUGGACCAUGUGUAUUCCUGGUACUGUUCCGUGUGUACUGUGUCCAGUGUGCUCCUGGUAUGUGUAUUUCUAUCCACUGCCACUGUGCCUGAGCUGGCCUCCCUGUCACCUGUUCCAUUUGUUCAUCGUGUUGAUUUCCUUCAUCUGGCAUUAAACGACAUCAGGAGCAGUUGGGGAUUGAAUUUUGGAAUAGAAAAAAAAAAAAAAAGUACUGUAUAUGUUUUUUUAUGUUUUCAAGUUUUGUGUUUAUAUUCAUUUUGUAUUAAUAUUCUUUAAAAUCUAUAUGAAUAUCUAUAUUCUUGGAAGGAGAUGACAGGGCCUUCGAGAUUCAAAGGGGAUGACGAGAGUGAUGGAGGGGUCUUUAGGACCCGGGGCGGCGUACAGAGAUCAGCGUGUUGACGGUUCCCACGGUCCCUGGCGUCUCCUUCCCCUGCAUGCCCGCUGUGUUAGCUCCUGUUUAUCUGUCUCUGGUGUUUGUGCGUCAGACGGCACGCAAUCCUCUUAUAGCUUUUUCAAAUUGUAGUAUGUGAAUGAUGUAGUCAAAAGAAGAAAAGGAAAAAAAUGAACCAUUUACGUGGCAACGUACAGUUUGUGUACAUUCAUGCUAAGAUAUCUGUCUGUAUGUAGCAUUCAAUACACACAGCACUAACAAAUAAACUUUUUUCAUUUAUAAAGGAAA